GUUGAUAAUCGGACUUGUCGUCGGAAGUGAACUGCCUGAUCGAGCUGAGUGGCUUUGGUUUUGCGGAUUUACGACGACAGCAGAAAGACGUUAGUAUCCAAGAAGCUGGGCAGCUGAUAAAAGGCAGCUUCCAGACAGAGGUUUCCCACUUUCAUUCAAGAUGGAUUCAUCCGAUGAUGAUGAGUCAUACGUUUGCAAAAUCUGCCUUAAACAAUUUGGCUGUGAGUCUUCUCUGAAAAGACAUUCAAGGAGUGUCCAUCAAAAGAUACAACAUAACUGUGAUUUUUGCGACAAGUCAUUUACACAAAAAUGCAUUCUGCGAGAUCAUGUGCGAGUCCAUAAGAACGAGAAACCAUUUCUCUGCGAUGUAUGUGGUAAAGGGUUCUCUGGUAAAGCCAAUCUCAACAUGCAUCUAAAAAUCCACAGCAAUGAAAAAACUUCCGUUUGCGCAUUUUGCGGAAAAGCUUUCUCCAACCGAGGCAAUCUCAUCAGACAUGAGAAAAUCCACACUAAGGAAAGACCUUACACAUGCGAUGUAUGUGAUAAGACUUUCACGCAAAAAGGCUCGUUAAGAGAUCAUCUACGACUCCACAAUAAUGACAGACCACACUCAUGUGAGGUAUGCGGCAAGGCGUUCGCCCAAUUGUCUAAUCUUAAGACACAUUUCAACAGGAAACAUUACGUUGUCACAAGUGAGGAACAACCGGAUGGUUUCGAGAAAGAAUCCCCUGAAAAACAACCUUCUGAGAAGGAACUUCUGGCAGCUGACUCUACUUCCGAGGAUAAUGUUUGCAGGAUUUGUAACAAGUCAUUCGCGAAGAAAGGCAGUCAACAAAAUAAGCGCCGUUUACGCAGUAGCAAGACGCAAUUCACUUGUGACACCUGCGAUAAAUCAUCUGCCCAUCAAUCAAAACUACCAACUCAUAGCAAGACUCGCCAUUCAAGUAAAAAAACCUCAGUAAACAUAUUUCGUUGUACCUUUUGCAAUAAGAUCUUCUCACAGAAGUCUAAUCUUAAAACGCAUCUGAGAAUCCACACUCUGGAAAAACCAUUUGCUUGUGAGUAUUGCGAUAAACGUUUUACGCAAUCAAGCAAUCUGAGGAAACAUGUGAUGACCCACACCCUUGAGAAACCGUUUCCUUGCGACGUUUGUGGAAGGAGCUUUUCUCAGAAGAGUAAUUUGAAGAAGCACAAGAGGGUUCAUACAAAUGAUGAGAAUACUUCUAGGAGGGCGACCAAAAGGAGCGUAACUCAACCAAGAGAUGAACCGUUCAUUUGCGAUGUCUGCGGGAAAUGCUUCACACAAAAGGCUAACGCCAAAAGGCAUAAAAUGAUACACACCAACGAGAGACCUUAUGUGUGUAACAUUUGCGGCCGAGCCUUCACAAAAAAUGAAUGCCUGAAAAACCACCUUCUGGUCCACUUCCCUGUCUUAAUGCGGAAAUCUUUUGUCUGUAAUUUUUGCCAUAAAAGCUACGGUAAAAAAUCGCAAUGGCUACAACACCAGAAAUUGCACUCUGACAACGAAGGUUUAGAUGUUGCUGACCAAUAAUAUAAUAAUUUGUAAUAAUAAUAUUGAAGUCUUAUAGCGCACGUAUCUACCACCAAGGUACUAAAGGCACUGAGAUACAAAUUUUCAGAAAGGUUUUUAAAGUUACAGUAUAUAAACGUAUUCUGUUAGUAGACCCAAUUAUGUCAUGGAUAAGGGUUUUACAAGGUGCUUCGCCAAAAACACAGGGGCGAACCUCCAUCUCUUUUUGAUAUGUGCACUGGGUUCUUUUACAUGCGUUACACAACUCAUGGGACCAACGGCUUUAUGUUUCUUUCAAUGGACGAAGCAAUGGUGCAAAGUUCCGAUGAGCGAAGCAAAGUGUCUUGCUCAAGGACACAAGUAUCAUGGCUGGGGAUUCGAACCCACACUCUGCUGAUCAGAAACACCAGAGUUUGAAUUAUGUGCUCUUAACAAGACACGACCACGACACUUCCGAUAGAAUGCCCAAAGAGAUGGCUACCUUGUUGAUAGAUACGUGUGCUAUGUAAGACUUUGAUAUUAUUAUUAUUAUUAAUUUAUUCUCCAAGGACCUAGGCCAAUUUCCUAGUAAUUUUUAAGGGCUGGAUUAUGCGCCGAGUUGAAUGGUCGUUUAUUCUCAAGGCAGCAUACAUGAUGUAUGACCAACCACUCUUUUAUUUCCAUUCAUACCCUUUUUGUAAAAAAUGUGUAAAAAUAAAGAGUUUUAAGUUUAAAUGAAUUUUAAAAAAGUUGUUUGUUAGACCUACAUAAUGAUAGAUUUUAUAUGAAACAGCUUACAUAAUUUGCAUAUUUGUGAGCUCUGGUAAACAAUUGUUGUUGUAAACAUAUGUAUGUACAUGUACAUGUAUAGUGGUCUCGCUGGCAAAUCGCUUGAAAAAUUGACGGGCAAUCCAUUCAAGUGUAAAUGAACCAUUUGAUCGCAUAGCCAAGCACAAAAACACUCACCCACUCACACAAGUGGUUUACACUUUAACUUUUGAUUUCAACUUUAUUUCAUCCACUGCUUUAAUUUUUAAAUAUUCACCAAAAAAAAAGAGAAGUCAAAUGUCGCACUCACAAGAGCAGUUUUCAAAUUGCCCAUAGUGGCCAAAAAGUGGCUCAUACCAAAAUGCCCAUAGCGGCCUCAAACAGCCGCAAGGUUUGACCUAUGCGUACAUUGUACAUGAACUUCCGUUCACAUAAAGAGAUCAAAGUAAAGGUUAAACCAUGUACAGAUAAGAAAUUAUCCAAUGUAGUGUAGUAUCCAAUAUAAAUGUAGUAUCCUUGUUAAAGGCACAGCCGUCGAUUUCACAAAGAGUUAGGACUCGUCUUAUCUCGAGUUAGGACGAGAAACA